AUGACAUUCUCUAUGGUAAGAGAAAUCCUUUCAGGACCAGGGGUGCCAACUUGAAUAAAGUAUUGGGGGGCCCAGGUAAGCCCCACACCAAGGAAUUGAUCACAUGACAUGUCACAUACACAUCAUUUGAAUGGGAAUUCCCCUCAUGUCUCGCUAAUCUCUACAGCUCAGUUAUUAUUAUAGUUAACAAACUUAAUAGACACACAAAAAAGUACUGUCAAUGACUGUGAAUGCUUUUCCACAACAAAUUACGCUAUAUUUUAUUAAACAGGUUGAACAAAUUGAUAAUGGCAUUAAACAAUUUGGGGGUUUCUCAAAAAUCGUAAUGCAAAGGGCGAGUUCUCUUUUCUUCAUGUCCUGGAAGGCAGAAUUGCCAAGUACAAAGAGUCUACAAUACUAUACAAACUUAUCUGAGCUUAGGUCUCAUUGAAUUCAAUGAGAUGUAUUUCUCAGUAGGCAUGUCAAGAUUUGCACUGUAAAUUAACUGAUCUUUACGUUUACCUUGUGUAGUUUGACCAACUAUCGAAUUGCAUUGCAAUCAGAUUUUAAUGGGAGGUAUUUACUGGAGCUGUCUCAAUAGGCAUUUUUACCAAAAUUAAACUUUUUCAUUAACUCUUAAAUUAAUUAAAUAACUGCAAUGUGAUUCGUUUUUACAUCUUUUAUAGAAACAAUAAAUGCAUGUGAAAUAUAAAAGUAGUUGUAUAGAAAAGCACAUUUAAUAUGUGUCAGUUCAUUUCCAUAUAACUGUAUGAAUCUGAACUCAAAGGCUUUUGAACAAUCAGGGUCCUUUCUUCAUUUUGUAAAAAUGCUUGCUUAAGGAAAUAUAUUAUAUUUGCAGAUUAUAUUGGAAAUAUUUCAAAGUAAGGCCGCAGUCGUUAAGAAUUAAACCCCACUGAAAACUUGUAACAUGCAUAGGAUUGUUGCCUUUAGAAUUCUACAGAACCCUACAGGUGCCUAGAAAUGCAGUAUGUUUCUAAAUGGAAAAAAUAACAAAAGUUCCAGUGCUCUGUCUUUGAAAAGUAGUAAUAACAUUAAUAAAAGCAUUAAUAUAAAUCUGACUUUUUAAAAAAUUACAGUAUCUUAAGUUUUACAGUUUAAGUUUGGCUCUCUUGGCCUCUGCACCCAUUGCUUAUUAUUAUCAAUGUCGAAAUUAAAUGUGUAAAAUUACCUGAUUUAAAAUGAGUCAAGAAAAAGCAUGUUUGUUUUUUUCUAAAAUUUUCAGUAAGAUAUGGACAGUAGAGACGAUUUCUGCAUGAAGCACCUUGAGCAACUAACGCACUAUAUUAAUAUCAAAUCCUUAUCGAUACCAUAAUCUGUUUCAAUCUGUUUAAAAUGGCGUAUUCCAAAAUGUUAUGUCGCCCGCCGUUUGGCUAUAUUUUUGCUGGAUAUUUUAAGCGAUAGCAUUAGUUGGGCAGUGUUUAGAAAUAAUAAUUUAAAAGACAGAUGAAUUAAACGUAUUGCUUAUGACUGGUAUUUUACAGGUAUUUUUCACAGCUGGAUGUGACAGAUAUCAUUAGCAAGAAUCUUUAAACUAAUUCUGGCGUUUUCCUGAAUCGCGAUUGGCUGGCUCGACGAGCCCUCCCACUACAGCCUUCACCAAUCCGUGCUGAUCUUCCUCCUGGGCAAGGGAAGCAGAGGCGGCUCUUUAUUUGCAUAACUAAAACAUCAGCCUUGCUUUCCACAGACGAAGCCCCGGAUGCAAAACAGGCGCACACAUCACACCAACCAGCAUCGUCCCUGCCGCGGAGCGACGGCCACACCCACCUGGGCGUGACCAGCGCCUUCUAUCCGCGGGACGUUAUUUGCAUGCGGCUUUCCUAUUGGCUACUCCUCGAGGCGAAAAGGAGCGUUUUCCAAGUGACGUUCCAGAGAGGAGAUCGGAUUGCUACGAGCCGGGAAAGACUCGAGGCCGCCCCGAUUGGAUAG